AUGAGUGAAUGUUUGAAAUAUCAUAAACCAAAUAAAGAAUGCAUGAAAUAUGCAAUUAUUUCACACAACAUUGAUUUUGUUACAUUCUUGAUGAAUGAAUACAAUAUAGAGAUCGAUUUAGAAAAUUGUGGAAGUUACAAUAAUCUUGAAUACUUUUUAAUUUAUUUCGAUCAAACUAAUGAUAUAAACAAAUGCUUUGUUUAUUCACCAUUUCUUAAUAUUCCAUCCCUUUUGGAAUACUUUCUUUCACAUGGUGCGAAUAUCAAUGAAAAAGGUGAAGAUGGAGACACCGCACUUCAUAAUGCAGCAUGGAAUAAUAGUAAAGAAACUGCUGAAUUUCUUAUUUCACAUGGUGCUAAUAUCAAUGAAAAAGAUAAUUAUGGAAAAACCGCUCUUCAUAAUGCAGCAUGGGGUAAUAAUAAAGAAACUGUCGAAGUUCUUAUUUCACAUGGUGCAAAUAUCAAUGAAAAAGAUAAAGAUGGAAAAACUGCACUUCAUGUUGCAGCAUGGAAUAAUAGUAAAGAAACUGCUGAAUUUCUUAUUUCACAUGGUGCUAAUAUCAAUGAAAAAGAUAACGAUGGAGAAACCGCACUUCAUACUGCAGCAUGGAAUAAUAGUAAAGAAACUGCUGAAUUUCUCAUUUCACAUGGUGCUAAUAUCAAUGAAAAAGAUAACGAUGGAGAAACCGCACUUCAUACUGCAGCAUGGAAUAAUAGUAAAGAAACUGCUGAAUUUCUCAUUUCACAUGGUGCUAAUAUCAAUGAAAAAAAUAACGAUGGAAAAACCGCACUUCAUAUUGCAGCAUUGGAUAAUAGUAAAGAAACUGCUGAAUUUCUUAUUUCACAUGGUGCUAAUAUCAAUGAAAAAGAUAACAAUGGAGAAACCGCACUUCAUACUGCAGCACGGAAUAAUAGUAAAGAAACUGCUGAAUUUCUUAUUUCACAUGGUGCUAAUAUCAAUGAAAAAAAUAACGAUGGAAAAACUGCACUUCAUGUUGCAGCAUGGAAUAAUAGUAAAGAAACUGCUGAAUUUCUUAUUUCGCAUGGUGCGAAAAAAUAA